UUGAACUUGUUGGUGACAAGGAAACCAACAAAGCAAACAGGGAGCUCGGAGACCGAAGUUAAACGAAAUUGGAAAAUUUACCAGUCUCCCAAUGGUUUGCAAGUGUCGCGAACAACCAAUUCGGAACUAGAUAAUAGAGACAACGAUUUAAAGAUAAGGAUAUACCUUGCAGCAAAGGUAAAGGAAUGGGACCAUCAAUGUUGGCAAAGGACCUGUUGCAUCUGUGAUCUUUAAUAUGCCUCCCAUUUCCGUUGAUUUGAAUAAAGCACAUUCUCUCAAAUUGGAUAAAAUAUAACAAAAAUUAACUAUAACACAACUUGCCAUGUUCAAACAGUCAGCCUUUGCCAUUUGGCGCAAGGAACAGGAGCAGUACAAAAUUAUUUCAUUAAUCAAAGAUUUGGAUGAUAGUUUGGCCGGUGGCAUAUCAUUGGGUCACAUUACAGAGCUUUGUGGAAGUUCGGGUACGGGCAAAACGCAAGUAUGUUUGCAAUUGUGCAUAAACGUCCAGCUACCUCGGGAAGCUGGAGGACUUGGUGGCAAGGCUUAUUUUAUUGAUACAAAUCAAGCAUUUUCUCCAUUUCGUUUGAAGGAAAUUGCCCAGCACAUGGAGGCCCGCUUGCAACGUAACUUCGCGAAAUCUACCAAUUUUAAUGUUGCAACCAUACUUGAUAGCAUUUCCUAUGUUUAUUGUAACAAUUAUCGAGAUUUAAUAGCCAGCGUUUUAAAUCUGCACAACAUUUUACAAGAGGAUGAAGAGUGUCCCAUCAAAUUAAUUGUCAUCGAUUCGUAUGCCUUUGUGCUAAGGCAGUUGGAUGAUGUUGACUUAAGGACACGUGUCAAUUAUGAAAUAUUAACAGAUUUACACAAUCUAGCCAUGAAAUAUGGGGUGGCGAUUGUCAUUACAAAUGAGCUGACAACACGCUGUCGUGAUAAUCAAAAUUGGUUUGUUUGCCCAGCAUUGGGUGAUACACAUUCGCAUAAAAUUAACACCAGACUUCUGAUGAGCAAGGAUACAAAUGAUGAUCAUAAGGAUUAUUAUGUUGUUAUGAUUGAUAAAUCGGUGUUGUGUAACAAACAGGCAUUUCGUUUUAGGAUAAAAUCCAGUGGCAUACAUAGCAUAACGAAACGUUCAACGUAAACAUAAAAGACUAUCAACCAAAGAAGG